AAACUGUGGAUGCGUAAAAGCUACACAGUGACGUCGCCUACGUAUUGCACGUGCUCUAGACUUGGAAAUAACAGCGAAUGGCAAGAACUCAGCGACAGUGCAGGGUCAGUAGUUUAUAACGAAACAGGAACAGUAAACUGUUUAUACGUUACUUAGUACUUGAGAAAAGCUAAGUUCCUUUUCUGAGCCUUAACAAUACUUACAUUUUAAAGUUUUAAAAACUGCAGCUUACGUAUAUUCGGAACUUUGUGGAAAUUCGUCUUCGCACGUGACAACUUGCACAGGACGUUAAAGCAUGUCGACUCUUCGACACAAACACCUCUAUAUGUUCCACAAAUUCUGGGAUGUGAAUGGCGAUGGUGUGUUAACGUGGGAAGAUUUCCGGUUGCUAGCUGAGAAGUACGCAAAAAUUCAACGUCGGGGAAAAUUAGAAAAAGACGUAUUUGAGAGGUGGCAGUCGAUACUGGAAAAAUGGUGGAAUGAAUUGACCUCUUAUGCUGACUAUAACAAGGAUACUAUCGUGGAAUUCGAUGAGUGGCUUCGAUUUUUUGAUGAACUAGGAAAAGCUACGAAAUGUUUUAAGGAUCUUCCAGAUUUUCUACAGCUUUAUUUACACUUGUUCUUCCUUGUCAUGGAUUCCAACAAGGAUGGUUUGUUCUGUGUUAAGGAUUACAAAAAGUAUCUCACCAAUCAAAAUAUGGAUGUUAACCGAGCCCAAGAAUGUUUCCAGUUUAUGUUAAAUGAUGAAGAUAGAAGCAACGGUAACGCCAUGACAUCAGAUAGGUUUAAAGACCUAGUGUAUGAAUACUGGGUUUCUAGUGAUGCAAACAGUCAAGGAAAAUACAUCUGUGGUCCGUUCGAUUCUGCAGUGAUGGAUGAAUUAGAAAAAAUGGUCAAGAAACGUCAAUGAUCACAUUUACACUUCUUAAAUUCAAGAUUUUUUUUAAAUGUUGUGCUAUUUCAAGUUUUGUAGUAACUCAUUGCAAAUUAAAUAUUAAUCUUUUUCUACGAUA